CAAUGAAUAAUACCUUAACCAUGCUCCAUAGUGAUAGCCUAAUCUAUACUUUUGGUGAAUUUACGAGGCAUUGUUAGAUACAGAUGACCAUAUAUAGCCUAUGCGCACGGUACUGUCUAUGUCUGCCCUGAUCCUCUCUCUCUCUCUCCGUCGCCUGCUCCUCUUCGCUAGUGUUUGGUCUUCGGUCUGUUGUGUGUAGAAUAGCUCAGCCCACUCAUUGAUUGUCCCUACAUGGCAAGACAAGAAAUUGCGAUAGCCUACAUUUUAUGAUCACCGAUGCACGGUUCUGACUGUCUGCCUAGUGGCCGACAUGCCUACCUAUGCCUGGCUGUGGCUCUCUAUCUCUCCCUCGCUAGCUCGCUCUAUCUUUUGCUGUGCUAGAUGCGAGAGUUUGUGUUUUUGAAAUAUACAAGGGAAAUAGUUUCCUCCGUUGCAAAAAUACUGAACCUUAGGAGUCGAGGAGUCAAUUCCGAAGCUUGACACCAAGAAAUGCGAGUCGGCGGGCAAGGACUCGGAGGAAUCGAUUAUUUUGGAGUCGACUCCCCAUGGAAUGUGCAUAAGGCCUAUUAGAUGAGGUGCAGUCAACUUCGUCUGAUGACUUGUGUUUGACAGCGACGCUCUGCUGUAGAAAGGGUGAAGAAAAAAGACGAUGGAAAUCUUCAAAAUGGACUAGUUCCUCCUUCUCUUCUGAAGUGCGUUGGGAAUAGCCAAACCGCCUCCAGCCACAAUGAACCACUCUAACGAGUCGACCCCACUGUGCUUUUCCAUCAACAGUCCCCCCUUCAACUACACCCACACCAUUGCUUCCGCCUACUUCUCAUCAGUGUUUAGUGCACUGGGCCUCACCUUCAACCUCAUCGCCUUCGUGGUCCUCCUGAAGUCCUUCCCACGCACGCAAAGCCGGUCACACUCCUCCUUCCUCAUCUUCCUCUGCGGCCUGGUGUUUACCGACUUCAUGGGCCUCCUGGUCACCGGCUCCAUCGUGGUCUCCUUCCACUUCACCCAGUUCAACUGGCGCCGCCUGGACCCGCACUGCCACUUCUGCAACUUCAUGGGCAUGUCUAUGGUCUUCUACGGUCUGUGCCCGCUGCUGCUGGGGGCCACCAUGGCCAUGGAGCGUUUCGUGGGCAUCAAUCGGCCAUUCGCCCGCUCGACCAGCAUGAUGACCAAGUCGCGGGCCGUGUCCAUAGUGCUGAUGGUAUGGGCAGGGGCGGGGUGCAUCUCACUGCUGCCCCUGGUUGGCAUGGGGAGCUACCACAUGCAGAUACCGGGCUCCUGGUGCUUCUUUAAAAUUAGCUCAGAGGCAAGCGACAUGGCCUUUUGCCUGCUUUUCUCGCUGGUGGGGCUGCUGUCCAUCGCCGUGUCCUUCCUGCUCAAUACAAUAAGCGUGGUGACCCUGGUCAAGGUGUGCUGCAGCCAGGAUGCUAGGCAGCGGCGCCGCGACUACGAGGUGGAGAUGAUGGUGCAGCUCAUCUGGAUCAUGAUGAUUGCUUCCAUCUGCUGGUGCCCCCUGCUGAAUAUUGCCUCACAGAAUGGAAACAGCAGCCAACCGAGACAUCUCCCAGAUGGUCGGCAAACAGGGAUACCUACUUCGCCAACAUCACGGUCAGCUGGCGCAUCUGGGAACGGAGUUCUUCGUCUAGAUCUUCCCCAAGGGAGUCACCCCCAACGAGCGAAGGAUCCUCUACAAUGAGUUGACCCAGCGAGCCAGCACCCCAGCCCAUUCAGCAGUCUGCCCAGGUCAGCGAUGCCUGUUUGUCCCUUCCAGACAAUUAUGACAGGACUCCAUCCAAAUGCUGUGCCUUCUUCCUCCAGUGCUCCCUCAAUUUUGCUCAUCAAACGGGAGCCCCCAACACUGAGCGCCGACUCCAACCACGGCAGGAGGACCAGACUGCUGCGGAGUACGCCCUCCCCUUUCAUACUGUGGCAGCAUCCAGCUGAUGGAAUGAGCAGGCUCUCCUCUCCGUUUCCAGUUCAAGCACUGGAUAACCAACUACUGGGAUCUGGCACAGUCACACACAUCACAGCACUACUCACCAUCACCGUGGGAGCCCAGCACCAAGAAAGCAUCACCUUCCUCAUUAUCCAGGCCCCCGAGAUUACGGCCUGGGUACCCAGAUGCCUGAAGACCUGCUUUUCCUUACCUUGUGGUUCACGUAGGUUGAGAAUCCUGUGGUUUCCCUCCAGGCCGACAUCCCUGAGGUUUACCAGGAUGUCUGGGAGGUUUUCUCCAAGACUCACGCCACCUGUCUCCCUCCUCUUUGCCCUGGGACUGAGCUAUCGACCUGCUUACAGACUCUGCGCCCCCGCGCAGCCGCAUCUACCCCCUGUCGGUGGCUGAAACCAAGCCUAUGAAGGAGCACAUCCAG